CGUCAAAUAGGUGAAGCAUGCUUUUAUGCCCUCUCUCUCUCUUUGUCUCUCUCUCUCUCUCUCUCUCUCUACUUCUACUUUCACAGUCGUGUUUCUCCUCUCAUCCCUCGCCGUCGUCGACUUGACCGCCACCGUCCACCUCAGCCUCAACACACCGCCGUCGUUUUUCCUUUUUGAAAAUCACCUCAAUGAUCCUAUCUAAUCCUUUGUAUUGCGACUGACAUUGCCUUAAUAAUGCAGGGUGGCAGUUCCAACGGAUACCCGUCUGAUUUACAUGUUCUGAUUGGAAAAAAAAAUGCUUUUUAAGGUUGAAAUUACAAAUGGCAACUUGCUUCACAGCUGGAGAAAUUACGGUGUCAAACGAACAUCCGAUGACGCUGAUCUUAUCAAAAUGUUCAUUAAGCGUCAUGACCUGAAGAUUUUUUAUGAUGAGGAUGAUGCCGGUGACAUUGAUGUUACUUUCACACAAACUAAUACGACGCAUUUGGAGAAUGUACAGGUACAAUUGCUUGAGGCUGGUGACUCAACCAAGACUGAUGUCAACAAAAAUGAAGAGCAGAAUACACCAUGUAGCAAGGGGUCUGGAAAGAGGUCUGCUGAUUUGGAUGAUUGUGAUAUUGUCGACUACAAAGAUGAUGGUGAAAUGUCUAUUAACAAACCUGUGAAGCUGAAAUGUGUGAAGAUCGAAAAGGAUGCUUGAUGCGAAUGAAUGGAGGGAAAUAUCAUGUUUUUAGUUUAAAUUGAAUCCAGCUUUUGUCCUUUGUCUGGAUCAGUUUGUUUUUUAAGUAUAAGUCUCAGCAAGACUGUUUUAUGUUUUUUUUUUCUUUUUCUGCCUAUCGAACAAGUUUGCUUGCUUAUUAUAACUUAAUUUAUUUCCC